GACCCGGUUAUUAUUCCACUUCACUACUUUAGUUUAGUCUCAUCUCACUAACAAAAUUAGGGCACACAGAAAUUCACUGAGAGAGAUUUCUUAGCCAUCGAAGAUGAGGAGAGUUUUUCUGUGUUGCCCUCGCAAUGGUAUUGUUCCCUUCUUUUCUUUCUUUCAUAUUUCCCUUAAUCCUUGUUCAACAAGACCUUAUUCUUCAUGCCAUACUAAUAAAUCCAUUUCAGUAAAGGCUAAACUUAUCACUUUUGAGAAAGUUAAGUGUUUAGAUGAUGCUGUUACUCUCUUCCAUCAAAUGGUUAGAAUGAAGCAUCUUCCUUCAGUUCCCGUCUUCUGUCAAUUAUUUAAGACUAUGCUCAAUAUGAAGCAUUACUCUGCUGUCAUUUCUCUUUUCAGAGAAUUAAAAAAAUUGGGUAUCCCAAUUAAUGGAUUCAUCUUAAAUAUCGUCAUUAACAGUUACUGCCUGAUGCAUCGUGCUGAUUGUGGGUUUUCAGUGUUACCCAUUUACUUGAAGAAUGGCAUUCCAUUUGAUGUUGUCACUUUUACCACUCUAAUUAGAGGAUUCUUUGCUGAAAAUAAGGUCAAAGAGGCGGUUGACUUGUUCAAAAUAUUGGUGAGAGAGAAGAUUUGUGAGCCUAAUGAAGUCAUGUAUGCAACCGUCAUGAAUGGGCUCAGCAAAAGGGGCCAUACUCAGAAAAUUCUAAGUUUGCUCCGGUUAAUGGAAGAUGGAAACACUAAGCCCGACAUAUUUAACUACAACAUUGUUAUAGAUGCCCUUUGUAAAGAUAUAAACUUAGAUGCUGCUAUCAACCUUUUGAACGAGAUGAAGCAGAAAGGUAUUCCUCCGGACAUAGUCACAUAUAGUUCAUUAAUUGACGGUUUGUGUAGGCUUGGUCAGUGGGAAAAGGUUAAGAUUUUGUUCUCCGAGAUGGUGAACCAUAAUAUUUAUCCAGAUGUGUGCACCUUCAACAUAGUGAUAGACGGAUUAUGCAAAGAAGGAAAUGUUGAAGAUGCCGAGGAAGUAAUGAGACACAUGACUGCUAAAGGUGUAGAGCCUGAUAUAAUCACCUACAAUGUGAUAAUGGAUGGAUAUUGUUUGCGUGGUCAACUGGAUAGAGCAAGGAGAAUUUUUGAUAUCAUGAUUGAUAAGAAUAUUGAGCCUAACAUUAUUAGCUAUAACAUACUUAUAAAUGGAUACAGUAAGGAAAAGCAAGUGGUUGAGGCCAUGCAAUUGUUCCAUGAAAUUUCUCAAAGGGGAUCAAAGCCUAAUACUAUUACCUACAAUACUAUCUUGCAAGGUCUUUUUGGAGUUGGAAGAAUUGGCGAUGCAGAAAAAAUUUAUGCCGAGAUGCUAUCUGCAGGGUCCAUACCUGAUAGAUACACUCAUGGCACUUUGCUCAAUGGAUAUUUUAAGCAUGGACUUGUUGAAGAAGCUAUGUCGCUCUUUAAUAAGUUGGAAAGAAAGAUAGAAUGUACUAGCAUUGAAUUUUAUAAUGUUGUCAUUAAUGGAUUGUGCAAAAAUGGUAAACUCCACAAAGCUCAUGCUAUUUUUGAGAAGCUUCCUUUAAUGGGAUUGCUUCCGAAUGCGAGAACAUACAAUACAAUGAUAAAUGCAUUUUGUCUUGACGGGUUUUUGGAUGAAGCUAAAGAUAUGCUUAGAAAAAUGGAGGACAACGGUUGUUUGCCAGACUAUGUUACAUACAAUGUUUUUGUGCGAGGAUAUCUAAGGUGUAGCAAAAUUAGUGAAAUGACAACUUUUAUGAAGGAAAUGACUGGUAGGGGCUUCUCAUUUGAUGCAGCUACAGCUGGGUUAUUGGUAAACGUUGUAAAGGAGAAUCCUUCUGUCCUUGACAUGAUACCAGAAAAUAAAAAGUGAAUAGUGGGCUAUGGGAUGAAUUUCUACAAUACAGUAGAGUAGAUUUGGGCAAUGCGGCCAGGAUAAAAUUUUGGAUAGACUCUUGGUUUGGAAAUGAAAGUCUUAUGAUCAGAUUUCCGGCCCUGAUUAGAUGUUCUCUGAAUAAAGAGGGAUACAUUUCAGAAUUCGUCUCAAAUUUAGGGUAGGAGAUAGUUGUCAGGAGAAAUCUGAAUGAUUGGGAAAUAGAUAGUUAUUGUCAGUUGCUUCAACUGUUAGAACCAGUGACAAUUGAUCAGAAUAGAGCGGACAACUUGAUUUGGGUCAGCAGCAAGGAUAAAAGAUUUUCAGUUAAAAGUUGCUACAGUUACUUCAACAGGUUGGCCAUAGUGUACCAAAAUGGUCUUGGAAGAUGAUUUGGAAGACUAAAGCUCCUAUUAAGGCAGCCUGCUUUGGUUGGAUAGCAGCAAAGGAAGCAUGUCUAACUCUAAACAAUUUGCAAAGAAGGGAUUUUUCUUUAUGCAAUAGGUGUUAUCUAUCUGAAAAAGAUCAAGAAACCGUGGAACAUUUACCACUUCACUGUAGCUUUUCUAAACAAUGUUGGGAGCUCUUUCUAAAUAUUGCAGGUGUUUCUUGGGUCAUGGCCCAGAUGAUCACUUGCUUACUGGAAAGCUGGCAAAGCCAAAAGAGUCGCCACAAAUAUGAAACGAAUAUGGAAGAAACAGUGCCCGUUUGAAGGGAGAGAAGUGACAUAUCUGUAGUGAAGAACAAAUGUUUUGCAUAAUUUAUAGUUCUGGUGUAAUAGUAGCACAAUAGAGAAUAUGGAUCAAUACUUGGAUUUCUUAUAUCUGUUGGGUGGGAAUACAUAGAUUUGUCUGUUGGGGAUGCUUAGUCAUGUACUGCUUUGAACCAUUUUGGUACUUUAUUAAUAAAACUUUGCCUUAUCAAAAAAAAAAAAAAAAUUGUUUCCCUUGGUUUAUUCGGCUAUACUAUCACUAAGGCACAAUUUCCUUUUAUCUCUGCAAAAGAAAUGACAUCCAGUGCAAUAUCUUCAGCUUUCCAGGCAGGCUUAUUAAGGAGGUACAUCACUUUGGAUAUGUUGAUUGUUUUUCCACUCUUCUUUAUCUUAGAAAUCAGAUCUACUGCAUACUUUAUAUGAUCAAUAAUGUGAGUUCCCUUAUGU